UCGAUCAUCGUUCGUUCUUAUUACACGUUCUUAUUACAUGUUCUCGUGAUGUUCAUACAUUUAACACUAGUUUUUCAAUAAGAUACGCGAUGAUUGAAGCCGAUAAGAUGCUACAUUUGAGAAAAUAUGUAUUGACCGUUCUCAGAAGUGAUAUAAGAUCACGGGUGAUUUGUUCAUUGCACUCGACAUCGUCAUUGGCACGUGAAGGAGGUUAUGUUCUCCGUUCGUUGCAUCAUUGUUAUAUAUCACCGACGAUAUCGCCGACGCGACCAAAUUACCGAGCGUGCGGCGUCAGGACAUUUAGCAUAACAACCUCACAAUCGUCGGUCGACGAUGUUAAUCAGAAACUGACAUCGUUUUGCAACGAUGUGGAACAGGGGCAAAUAUGGUCGGCGGACAGGUUGGAGGAGGUUAUACAGUUGUGCAACGAGAGCAAGUACCAGCUGCAGCCGAGCACCGGCGUGCUGCUGCUCAAAUGUUGCGGCAGUUCGUUGUCUACUUUGAAACCGAACGACAGGCAAGGUCUCCUCGAUCGGGUAUGGCAGCUUGCUAAGAGAAACGACAGCGCGCUAACGUUGGAGCAUUACAACACAUUGUUGAAUAUGUAUGCAGAGAAUUCUAGCUCUGUGGAUCCGAACAAGUUCCUUAGCAAAAUGAGCGUGAAGCCGGACGAUGACACGUAUCGUUUGCUGCUCAACACGGCUAUCAAGACAGGUAAUAUUACACACUUGCGGAAUAUUGUAUCCAUGAUAAAGGCCAGAAAUAUUUUACUCGAUGAGAAUACCUAUUGCACAUUGAUGCAAACUUACUUGGCUCAGGGUAACAUCACUGAAGCACUGAAUGUAAUUACGUCCGCGCAAAACGCGAAUCUGCCCGUUAACAGGUUGUAUACCGAGUUAGCCUGCGGAUAUGCAGCACAAGGUGAUAUUCUAAACUUGGUCAAGAUUCUGAACGACGAGGUGCAAGAUCCCUCGACUUUCCUUCAGAUAAUAAAGUCCUUGAGUGUAUCUGGCAAUGGCAGACAUAUCCCUGUGAUCAUGAAUUUCCUCACAUCCUCGGUAACAAUAGUCAUGUCCGAAAUUAACAGUACGAUAAAUGAACUGGUGCGCGCGAAUCAAUUUAUGGACGCGUAUGCAAUUGUAAAUUGCAUAGCGUUGAACAAAGAGAGCGCGAAACACGCAAAGAGCAUUGUGAACAAUUUCCUGAAUCAGCUGAUCAUAACGAACGCAACCAACGAGACCAUCAUGAAAUUCGCGAACAAUUUUGUAGAGUCGGAAUACGAACCCAUGGCGUUAGCCAACAUAGCAGAAACUUCCUUGAAACUUGGCAGAGAGAAACUGUCUCUUGCGAUAUUCAACGCGAUGCGGAAGAGAAAUAUCGAAAUAAGGCCUCAUUAUUAUUGGCCUCUGCUGGUGAAUGCGCAGCGAAACGAGGGCGAAGCCAAAAUAUACUCGCUCAUCGACUCCAUGAAGACCAUGAACGUGGACUUUGACUUUGAAACGUUGGUCCAUUAUAUAUUUCCGUACCUGAAUACGGCGAAUCCGAUUAUCACAUUGCAGAAAUUGAAAAUGAUCGACAUACAAUCCUAUUUCUUGAACACGCCUAUGAUAUACUUCUUGCUGCAAAAUAAUCGACUGGAGGACGUGAUAUGUCUGUAUGAUUAUAUGCAUAUGAAGUUGAACUACAGAAUACUGUUACCAGCGCUAAUAGAAGUUUACUUGGCCACUCGAAACAUCAAGGACUGCGCACGGGUGCUGACUGCGCAUGAGGAGGGUCAUAACUGUGUAAGUUUAUUCCUGUUCAAGCUGUUGAGACAGAACAGUUCGAAAUUGUCCAUGGAAGAGUUUCAUCUUUUGUUGAAAACGUUCUAUAACAUUGGAGUGAAAUUAACAACACAAGAUGCUGACAUUUUGAAGAACAGAAUCAAUAAUGCCAAUAUUACUUCUAACUUAAAUAUGAAAUUGGCCAAUAUGAUUGAUAAAAUGACUGACAGAAAUUUGCAAUUCCCAAUAAUAACGAUCAUACCGCAUCCGCGGUUCAUGAGUAUCAACGAGCUGACUUGUCAUCUCGUCGAACUGAAGAGUGAAGGACUCGGUACCAAGAAUAUUUUGCGCCGUUUAUUCGAUAUAUAUUACUUACAGAACAAUUUGGAGAAAGCAGAGGAGAUAAAGAAAGAAUAUGAUAAAAACCAGUAUGUGUGGUCAUCCGGCAUGAAGAUACAACUAUUUGAGAUAUAUGUCAAGCAUAAUAAACUGAAGGAAGCCGAGAUGUUGCUUUUGGAUAUGCGGAAUGUUUCCUCGACAUUCUUGGUAGAUAGCAAGAAGAUCCUGUUGUUCGCCAUCGCGUUAGUGAAAGCGGAUAAAGUGAAAACAGCUUUCGACAUUAUCGAGAACUUCCCAAACGUCAAUAACAAGAAAAACAUGAGCAGAAGCUGCGCCAAGCUCCUGAACGCGUUGGCGGAAAGGGAAUAUCAUGAAAACACAAAGCGCAUGUUACACCUUCUACUAAAUAAGCGUUAUUGCGACAUGACCGUCGAAGUGCUGCGGCCACUGAUAGCGAUACCAUUGAAACAAAACAAUAUUCCACUGGCGGUAGACACGUUGGCAAAUUGCAUGCGUUUGUACCAGAAACUGCCGUUGGUGUUAGAGGUGUUCACGGCGUUGCUACGUGAGAGAGAUGGUUCGCGCUUGGAGAAUGUGAACAAAUACAUAGAGGAGGUAUACAAUAUGAUGGCGAAUACAUACAGCGUCGAGGCGGCCAACACCGCGCUGGUAAUAGCAUUGGCAAAUUUGGAAAAAAUGGAGGAACUACAAUCUAUAUUGCAGCAACAAAGGAUCAUUAUGAACAACCUCAUGCACUACUUCAAUUUCGCGCAGAAGUCAAACAAUGUGAAAAGCUUGUUGAUGAUUUUGAAAGCGACUCAGGACUCGAACAAUGUGAACCAAAUUUUCUUGUGCGACACGCUCCUUGCCUACUAUAGUAAAAUAGGUGAUCACAAGAACGCCCUCGAACUCUGGGAAAUAAUGCGCGAGAAAAAUAUCAAGCCUAGCAAAUCUUUCAAACAUGGAUUUAUUGAAUUUUUCAAGUUGAAUAAAAUACCACUCCCAGCCGAUUUCGAUUCGGACAAGAAUGAGGUAAUUGUUAGUAAUAAUAAUAAACAUAUAAGACUCGAACGACAAAACGCGUGAGAUAAAGACAAUUCAGUCGUAAGCGCAGGUAUAUAAUCGUCGUUAUCGUUGUCUCAUAUUCGCAUUGUUAUUAUUUUCUAAGAAACAUUGUUAUAUCUCAAAAAGACAAACAUACGAUUCAAUAAAGAGAUUUCAGAUUUUCCCGAAGCACCA